AUGAUCACAAAAAGCAAACAAGAAAGUCAGCACGCCGCAGACUUACGAGAGACGUUCCUUACCCUUCGAAAGCACCAAAUGAAACUCAAUCCUGACAAGUGUGUGUUUGGAGUUACCGGAGGGAAGUGCCUUGGCUUUCUGGUAGACGAGCGAGGCAUUGAAGCAAAUCCUGAUAAGAUCCGGGCUAUACAGAACAUGAGAUCCCCCACCUCAGUAAAAGAAGUACAAAAGCUCACGGGGUGCGUCGCUGCUCUUGGAAGAUUCCUUUCCAAGUCCGCGGAUAAAUCAGAAGCAGAAGAGUCCUUCCGCCAACUUAAAGAGCACCUGUCCACCUUGCCAAAAAUAGUUUCGCCCAUCAAAGGGGAGAAGCUAGUCCUAUAUGUCUCUGUCUCCGAAUACUCGUUAUCCGGAGUACUGGUUGCGGAAAGGGAAAAGAAACAGCUUCCUAUAUACUAUGUAAGUCAUGCAUUCCGUGGCUCGGAGGGAAACUACGAUUGGGCAAACCAGCUGGCGGAUUUCGGCAUCGAAUAUGAGCCUCGAACGGCAAUCAAAGCCCAAGCUCUGGCUGACUUCAUUGCUGAAAGCACUCUCCCCUAUCAUCCUGAACCCAAUCAGGAAUGGAAGCUGUAUGUAGAUGGGUCCUCUACCCAAUCAGCAAGUGGGGCUGGACUCCUCAUCGUGUCUUCCGCCGGGGUCCGUAUGGAAAGGGCGGUCAGGUUCGAGUUCGCAGCAUCCAACAACGAGGCCGAAUAUGAAGCAUUAUUGAUGGGACUGAGAAUUUGCUACGAAACGGGAGCCAAAAAAUUGUCCGCCUUCUCUGACUCCCAAUUGAUUGUUGGACAAGUGAACGGGGAAUUCGAAGCUAAAGAUGACAAUAUGAAAAUGUACCUGCAGCAAGUAAAGAAAUUUGUUCAAAAAUUCGACAAGUUCACGUUGGAACACAUUUCAAGAUCCCAGAACGCCCAGGCUGAUUCCCUGGCAAAGCUUGCCAGCUCAGCAGAAACAUCCGCGGCUCGAGACAUAAUCUGGGAAGUGCUUCCUAACCCCAGCAUCAACUUCAUGGUCGAUACCAUCGACAGAUCAGAAACAUGGAUGGAGCCAUACAUCGAAUAUUUGCGGAAUCAGACGCUUCCCCAAGAUGAAAGUCAGGCCAAAGUGGAUGCGGUAUACACCAAGGAGUACGAACUGUCAUUGGGAAAGUUCUUAGAAGUGGAUAUUAUUGGCCCUCACUCCGAGAAGACACGGAGUAUUUGA